GCCAGCCCAAACAUGAGCAGUCUCUCCAUCUUGCAUCUGCUCCUGCUCCUGCUCGCACUCCAUGCCCCUCAGGCAAAGGGGUUGCCUGUCACGACAUCGAGGUCUCGAUAUUCUGUCUUGAUGAAGGAAAUUAUGAAUGACCUAGAGAAAAUAACUACGACUCCAACAGACUCCUUGAGCUCAGAUGAGAAGAAUUUCCUGACGAAAGAGAGCCUUCUGCAGAAAAACCUGAAAGUAUUCAUGACAUUUGCCACAGAUACUUUUGGAAAUGAUUCAAAAAUCAUGAAAAAUCUUAAGGAAUUCCAGCCAGUGCUGCCCACAGCCACAUCCACGGAAAAUCCAAUUUUUAUUGAGAAAAACAAAUUGGGGGAUUUUCGGAUGAAAUUGGAAGAAUAUUUGGCUAUCAUUAGAAACUAUCUGAAGUCCAAGAACCUGUGGUUUCCCUAACAUCUGAAGUCUGAAGCCCAGUUCCCUCUCUGAAGCCUCAAGAGUAUCAGUGACAACAGACUGUCCUAAAUUUCUUCGAUGUUUCUCACAUGGUCCAGGCCUGGAAGAAUUUUCUCCUAUGGAGUCAGAUGAAUCAUUAUUUAAUUCCUGAAAUGUGUGGCCCCCAUUUGUCCUUUUGCAAUUAUGUUCUCAUUUUUAAUCUAUUGAGAUUUAUUUAUUUAUGUAUGUAUUUAUUUAUUACCUUGUGCAAAUGUGAAGGGUAUUUAUUUUAGCAGAGGAGCCAUGUUCUGCUCCUUCUGGACAAGACUUAAGAUGGGGAAUUGGGAAUAUGUUCAUUUGUACCUCAGGUUUGAAACUGAGGUACACAUCUGUGAAAAUAAACUACACUCUCUG